GGUUACAGAAGGGGUCAGACUGUUCUCACUCGAUAGUAAAUUGUGCGACUCAACAAGAAACUCUUGACGUUCCAGUCCCCACUCGAAUCUUGCCACGAGUGGAGUUUGAUUUUGAACUUUAAGAUAACUCAUCAAAGAUAAUGUAACAGGAGAAAAAAAAAUCCUAGAAAUUCAAAGUGCAGUCUUAUCAGUGAGCCCCUGUAGUGUACCAUGUAAUAAAAUAACUGAAUAGACAUUUACUGGUAAACUAUCUGCCGGAGGACAUUGUGAUAUAAAUAUCAACCACUCAAUUACCACCGGAUUCUGCACAAUGGAGGAAUUAAUCGGUCCAGUGGGUAGAGGCUACGAUAGUGGUGAUGAUGACAAUAAAAUAACGAAUUCAGCCAUGAAAACAUUUAUAACAAAAUCAGAAGAUCCUGAAACGCCCGACUCUUCCGAAACUCCAGAACCUCUAGCAAAUAUAACAAUUAGCUUCAGUGACCUCUCAUACUCAAUUCGUCAAAACGCCAGAGGUAAACGGAGUAAAGAGAUACUGCAGGAAAUUCAUGGAUAUUUUAGCGGUGGUGGACUGAAUGUUCUAGUUGGUCCAUCAGGAGCCGGAAAAACCAGUUUGUUGAGUAUCCUUUGUGGAUUAAGAGGAAAAAAAGAGGGAGUCAGAGGGCAUCUUGCUAUCAAUGGAACUCCGGCCACUGCUGAUACCCUCAGAAAAUUAACGUGCUAUAUUCCUCAAGAAUUUGCACUACUACCUUCUCUGACUGCUAGAGAAACUCUAUAUUUCGCUGCUCGAUUGAAAAUACCACAUGCCGAUAGAAAACAAAUUAAUAGUCUGGUAAUGAGUGUGGCAGGCACAUUGGGUUUGCAAAACUGCCUCAGUACCAUGACGAGAGAUUUAAGUGGUGGUGAAAAAAAACGUCUCUCAAUAGGAGUAGAGAUAGUUGUAAAUCCCCGAGUACUUGUGUUAGAUGAGCCAACAAGUGGCCUGGACAGUGCUGCAUCUCUUCAAGUAAUUAUUUUACUGAAGAAUAUAGCGCUGUCUGGGUGCACUGUUAUCUGCUCUAUUCAUCAACCGAGCAGUCAAAUGAUGACUCAUUUCGAUGACAUCCUCGUUCUAGCUGAGGGUAGAGAUUUGUAUUGCGGUCCAAGUAGCAAAAUUGUUCAGACAUUUCAAGAGGCUGGAUACUCAUGCCCUCCCUUUUACAACAUCUCAGAGUUUGUGAUGGAAGUCAUUAUCGGUCAGCAUGGCGGCGACCUUGAUAAUUUAAGAAACUACAGCAACAAAUUCCAUUCAGUAGUAGUAAAUAAAAGUCUCGCGCCUCUAUCCAAUGGACACGACAUUGAACACCAUGUGAAAAUAAAAAAUGUCCAAAGAUGCGUGAAGCGAAUCUGUAACCCUUGGUUCAAUGAAUUUCAAAUGCUAAUUUGGAGAUCUACGAAGUGUAUUCUACGCGACAAUACCUUGACAAAACUGAGAUUAGCCGCCCAUAUCGUCGUUGGAAUAUUCAUGGGUCUGGUUUUCUAUAAAUUCGGAGGAGACGCUAGUAAAGUAUUCAGCAACAUUGCCUGUCUCUUCUUUUUUUUACUCUUUCUGUUCUUCAGCAAUGCCAUGCCAGCAGUGCAAAUGUUUCCGAUUGAGGCGGAGGUAUUCGCAAGGGAGAAUAUGAAUAAUUGGUACGGGUUGGGGACUUAUCAUCUCACUAAAGUCCUCACGGAUCUUCCUCUGCAGACUCUCUGUCCUACGUUAUUUUUGGUAAUAGCUUACGGUAUGACCGGACAACCAAUAGAAAGCCAAAGAUUCAUGAAGAGCUGGUUAAUCUGCUUUCUCCUGUGUGUACUAGCGCAAUCCUUCGGAAUGCUGGCAGGAGCCGCAAUGAACACUCACUGUGGAACUUUUCUCGUUCCCGCAUUGAACAUACCGAUGUGCCUUUUCUCGGGGUUCUUUCUCAAGCUGGGAGAAAUCCCCUCGUACAUGACACCCUUCAGCUUCUUGAGCUACUUCAGGUAUACGUUUGAGGGACUCAUGCAAGCUAUUUAUGGUGGAGAUCGAGAGGUAUUGCCAUGCUCUGAGAAUUUUUGUAUUCUAAGAGCUCCAGAUAGAAUUUUACGACACAUGAAUAUGCCGUCCAUCGAAUUUUCCGCUAUCAUUUAUGCUCUCGUAGCUUGGAUUGGGUUUCUGCAUUUAUGUAUUUAUGGGGUACUCAAGUGGAAGAGUUGUAGAUCGGUAUAGAAAAUUUGGUAUACGAAACUUCCACACGAGCGUUUAAUGUAAAGAAUUAUUUUUGCUGUGAAGUCGGAGAGUCAAGUGAUUUAGCCCUUCGGUGAGUUUUUCAGAAAUAUCUCCGCAGCUAUGGAAGUUUAUAAAAAUUUUAUUGAAAUCUUUUUUGGAGAGGUACUUCAGAGCUAUAAAAAAGUUUAGGAUAAAGAUUUUGAUAUCUGCCUUGGUUUUAGAGAUAUUCCGCGAUAACAAAUCGCUAUUGUACUUUUUUAAUAAUUAUUGCUCAAGGGUGUAGGCGUCGAAAUUAUUUUUGUACCAGAUUUGUAUUGUUAGAAAAUGUGUAAUUAUCAUUAUUGAUAAAUUUAAGAGCUUUUUGUACCUGUUGUUUUAUGGUAGACUAUUUUUAUAUUAUCGGAUUUGAGUAAAAACAACUCCAUUCUUGUUUACACGAGCGAAAAUGUCGAUCUACCUCACGAUUAAUAAAGCACCUACCAACA